AUUAUAUAUGCAUCUUCCCUAUUUGGCAAUGAAAAUUACGGAAACACAUAUUUAAACCUUGGCAACAAUGCUGUGAGGUGACAGUGACAGACAGAAAAUUAAAAAAGCUGAGCAUCAGCACAAGCAAUAAAAAAGUCCUGCUUUUAAUUUAUUUACUUAAACACAAAACUUGAUUUAAUUACUAAUUGCGUACAAGCACGUAAUUAAAAAAAUAUGUCGGAGUCUAAAUUAAAGGAGUUACGAAGUGAUAUCAAUGAGCUUAAUGAAUUAUUGAACUUGGCAAAGCGUAAAAAGGUUCAGGAUAUUCUGUCCUUAGAAAUUCGUAAGCUGGAAACUGAGUGGAUAAAUCUAAAAGAAAAUGAAACCUCUUCAGUCACGCCUAUGGACGUCGGCCCCGUGCCAACUACCUCCGCCUCAGCCCCAGUUCAAAACAAGAGAUACCAAAUUAAAAUUAAUGGAUAUGGUUGGGAUCAAUCUGAAAAAUAUAUCAAAGUGUUUGUUACUUUGAAGAAUGUCCACAACAUACCAAAAGCCCAGGUCUUUUGUAAACUCACUGAGCGCUCCAUGGAACUACAUGUAGACAACCUGGAGAACAAAGACUAUUUGUUGGUUAUUAACAACCUUCUUGAGCCUAUUAAUAUUGAAGACAGCCACUGGAAACAAAAAACAGACAUGGUUGUUAUCUUUCUGGCAAAAGCACGUCCAAAUGUAUCAUGGUCACAUAUGAUUGCCAUUGAGAAGAAGUUUGAAGACCAACGUAACAACCGUUUCAAACCUGAUGAAUCAGAUAAAAAAGACCCCCAGGAUUCCAUCAUGGACAUGAUGAGGAAAAUGUAUGAAACUGGUGAUGAUGAAAUGAAACGCAUGAUAUCAAAGGCUAUGUAUGAAUCACAGCAUAAGAAGAAAACUGAUGUUGUGGAUCUUUAAAAUUUAAUAUUUAAGUACAAUCAUAGUUGUAAGGGUAAUAAAAUGUGAUGCAUUCAUAUAAAAAGGUAGUUAUUAUUAAUAUUCUUUCCUAAGUAGAUAUUGGGCUGAAUUCAAUAUGUAGGGUAAGAAAUGAAACAAUU